AUGAUCCUGAUCCGCGGUGCGAGUCUUCGCGCUGCCAGGACGGCGUCGAAGGCGGACUAUCUGAUUUUCGGGUCGGCCUUUGGCUUCGAAGCCCUCGCCAUCCCCCUGUGCACCGGUGGCGGACCUCUUCCCGGCAGGCAUUGCAGCGUCCUGCUUGUUGUGCGCCCUGGCGACCUGCUUUUGCCCGACGAGGAGAUCGGGACGCUCUACCGCCACCUCGACCCCAAAACCUCCUCCAAGCGGCACGAGGAGGAGGCGGCCAACGUUUUGAGGUUUUUCGGCGAAUGCGUGAAGGCGGAGUUGAACCGUGGGGGAAGGCAGUGGACGGCUGCGCCUCCUUCCGCCGAAGUCCUCUCCGAACGUCUGGAGAGUCUUGCCGCCCCCAUCCGUGAUGUGAGUUUCCAACGUCCAUGUCGCCUUGUCGCCUGGGCUAUCGUCGUCCAGGCGUCGACUCACCCUUUUCGUCGGCGCCAUGUGCUUCGGAUGUUGAUGCAGAAAUUGCCCGACAUCCUCAAGGAGGAGGUCGCCGGCACGGGGCUGUUGGCGGUCAACGCGUUCGCGUGGUCGUUGGAGCAUCUGGACGACGUGCAUCGCAGCUACGAUCCGCUCAUUGUCGAGAACCCGAAGAUGGUCGGCUUGAAGGCGCUACGACUGGAGCUGCUGCACCACGCGGAGAAGGCCGCGUCGAACAAAGAGGAGGCGGCGCCGACCGUGGGCCGUGGCGUCGGAACCGGCAUCGCUCUAGGUGGGGAGGAGGAGCAUGAGAGGGAGGACGUCGAGGGGGGCGGGGAGCACGACGGUGGCUCGGAAGAAGAGGAGGACGUGGAGCGUGAGGAGGACGACGUGGCUAUCACCGGCGAAGAGGAGGCAGUACAGUUCGCCGGUGAGAAGGUUGCGGAUAAGAGCGGCGGUAGCGGACCCAAGUUGGGCAAGAAGGCCCGGGGCAGCAGUGGCUCGACCCCGACUAGGAUGGCGUCAAAGGCGGCUAUCGAGCGUCUGAAGGCGGCGGAGAGGGAGAUCAAGAAGCUGAGGGAGGAGAAGCUGGUGGCGGAAAAGAGGCUGGAGUUCCAGACGGCCCGGAACGACACGAUGUACGGCGUGGUCACCUCGGCCGUGAACAAGCUCUCUAUAGUCGCCAAGGGCGUGACCCAUCUCGAGCACACGUCGGGGAGGAGCAUCCAAACGGCGGUGGACGCUAUGAGGGCGGUCGUGCAGGAGGCGGUGAGCUAUCGCGGCUCCACCCUAGAAUUCAUGAACACGCAGUGGCUGCCCACCGUGCAGGCCCUGCACUUGACGGCUACUGCUGCACAGGGUAGGCGACGGGAGGACGACCUCCUGCUGCUUCGAGGUGUGGCAGAUGCUCUUGGCCAGAAGAUCAAAGCAGUCGUGUCUGCCGAGGUGAAGGCCGCCAUGGAGGGCGAGGCGCAGCGGAUCGUUGCUGCCGUGACUUCGAAGGUCGUCCAAGAGCUUAGGGACGACCUGGUGAAGGUGGUCACCACCGCGACCCAACAGGGCAUUGGCACCGCCGGGUUCCAACAAGUGGUCGCGGAAUACAACAGGAUAACUGGAGCCGACCGCGCAGCUCUCAUGUUGGCUCUUCGCCCGGCGGUGUGGUUCGGCGACCUUCCGGAGUCGACCGAGCCCGAGAAGGCCGCAAAGAAGAAGGUGGCGAGCGACAUGAUCGCACGCGUUUCGAUGUGUGCCGCCUUCGCACCGGUGGCUGCGAAAGUGACGCCCAUUCCGGGCGUCGGGUCGGAGCGGUUGUCCGAGAUCCUCGCCGGUAUUGCGGCCGCGGUGUGGUGUUUUUUGGAGACCAAUGCCACGGCGGAAGUAGCUGCCGGCGAAGGGGGGGCGGUAGCGACCAUGCGCGGAGCGUCCAACGAGUUCGCGAGUCGGUGUCGGACCGUCAUCGAGGCGGUGCUUCAGCGGGCGGCCUCCCGGGUGGUCGUCGUAGGGGAGGUCGCCGAAACGGUGACGAAGGACCUGCAGGCGGCUGUGGUGAGGUCGCUGCCUGAGGUCGGAGAGGAGCGCGAGCACGACGAGCUGAUCGCCCGUGUCAUGAUAGAGAACCUCGCCUUCUGGGGGGACUGCGAUGUCGGAGGCCCGAAGCUCAAGGCUCGCGGCGUCGAUUUGCCUAUCGACCCCCAGAUGAAGAUUAUCAUUCGGGACAGGGGGACGAGGGGGCAGCAGCACAAAGGGAAGCAGGUCGCCGACGCCUAG